AUGCCACCUGACCACGCCGCCCCACUCCCCCUGGUAAGCCAGCAAGAAGGGAUACCAGAAAGUUACAACCACGACUUUUUUCAGUACGACGAUCUACAUCUGAUGAAUGCGUCCUUCCCUGUUGAUGGGAGUGCUCUCAAUGACUUUAACGAGUUCGACAACUUUGACAACUGGGGCCAAGUUGCACCUGCGUGGCAGCUGGAGACAGCUGAUGAUGGGCAAGGUGCACACAUGGACGGGCCGAGUAGUGUGCAGUCCUCUGCAAUGGUACAAGGCUUGCCGACGUCUGCUGGUAGCAUACACAGCAACCUUAAAGUGUCAGAAGGGACUACUCAUCAAACAGCUCCAGAGGAAGAAGAAGGCUGCGACGAUGACACCGAAGACGCAGAUUGGAAUGCAAAAGAGGACGAGCUUGACAACAGACUGGAAAUGGCUCGCAUCAAACGUAAGAACCUUCCUCUCAUACAAUGUGAUCAUGAUCUGAUAAACGGAUGA